UGCACAUGUUUGUUGUAUGCAUGUUUGUUAGCGUGUGGAGACGAUACCAUUUUGUUUACGUGUGGACAAAUCGGAUACACAGUUUCCUUCACAUAGUCGUCAUGGCGUGUUGCGAUGAAGGUCCCGGGUAUGCCACACCCCUCGAUGCUAUGACGAAAGCCCCACGAGAGGAAAUCGUGUACAUUCCCUGCAUCAUUCCUCCAGACAGGCGUGGCAAACAGGCAGACUACCUCGUCACGGUCGAUGUUGAUCCGAAAUCUCCGACCUACAGCCAGGUAAUACAUCGUCUACCUAUGCCUAAUAUGAGCGAUGAAGUGCACCACAGCGGCUGGAACACGUGCUCUAGUUGCCAUGGUGACAAGACCCAGACCCGUGACAAACUGAUUCUACCAUGCGUUAACAGUGACCGGAUAUAUGUAGUAAAUGUGGGUGACACCCCUAGGGCUCCAAAGCUGGAAACGAGUAUUGAGCCCUGGGAAAUGCAUGAUAAAUGUGGUCUUGGAGCUCCACACACGUCACAUUGUCUGGCCAGUGGGGAUAUCAUGAUCAGCUGUAUGGGGGACCCGGAUGGAAACGGGAAAGGUGGAUUCGUGCUUGUCGACGGGAAGACGUUUAUCAUAAAGGGAAACUGGGAGAAAGAGAAUGCCAGAUUCGGCUACGACUUCUGGUACCAACCGUACCAUAACGUCAUGAUCAGCACAGAAUGGGGCGCACCUAGCUCUUUCCGGAACGGUUUCAACCCUGCCGAUGUCGCAAAAGGUAAUUAUGGAAGCGCACUGAAUGUGUGGGACUGGACUACACAUGAACUUGUACAAACAAUUGAACUUGGAAACGAGGGCCUGAUUCCUCUUGAGAUUCGUUUUCUCCACGAUCCUCUAGCUACAGAGGGGUACGUUGGCUGUGCCCUCAGCUCUUCCAUCUUCCGCUUCUUCAGAAAACAGGACAGGACGUGGGGUGCCGAAAAGGUCAUCCAAGUACUUCCUAAAAAGGUCAAUGGUUGGGCCCUUCCUGAUAUGCCAGGGCUGAUCACUGAUAUCCUCCUCUCGCUUGACGACCGGUUCCUUUACUUCAGUAACUGGCUGCAUGGUGACGUCAGACAAUAUGACAUCACAGACCGCCGUAAUCCUAAACUCGUGGGACAGUUAUUUCUGGGAGGAAGUAUUUGCAAAGACAGCAAUGUCAAGGUCACAGAAGACAAGGAGUUGAAGGAACAACCAGCACCCGCCUUCAUCAAGGGUACACGAAUCUUAGGUGGACCGCAGAUGAUACAGUUGAGUUUGGACGGAAAACGUCUUUACCUGACUACGUCACUCUUCUCAUCCUGGGACAAACAGUUCUACCCAGAACUCCUCAGCAAAGGUACGAUGAUGCUCGCCAUUGACGUCGAUACGAGAAAAGGGGGACUCAAACUUAAUCCGAACUUCUUUGUGGAUUUCGGAAACGAACCAGAAGGCCCAGCGUUGGCUCAUGAGAUAAGAUACCCAGGCGGAGAUUGUACUUCUGAUAUCUGGCUUGCCAGUACUACACGUAAACCCAAACUUUAAAUAUACUGAUGAAGUUUACACAUGCACAUUUCAAACGUUAUAGAGAGGUAACAUACAAACUAGUCUCUCUUUGUGUAGAUAUCGUACACACAAGCAUAUUUGUUGAUGGGAUAUUGAGACCGCUAUUUUGUUUUUGUUUACAUUUCCAAGAAUAUGUUAACAAAUGAAGUAUUGAUUAUA